GGGUGGUACUCCGUUUCACACCAACUGCGAGGCACGGCGGCGUUACGCUAACAGUGGACCCUCCUUCCUCCUCCAGCGGUGGACAGAAUUCAACUUUGUGAACGGCUGCCUCGACAUGAGUUGCACCUGAAGGUACUGCAUCUUCACCAGAGACAUGAACUGAGUACGUAGCGGAGAGCAUUCAUUUCCUGCGACUGUCCGAGAUCCUGAAACCAUGAGGUUGCUGAGGAGCCCUAGACCGGCCACAGCGCUGGUUGUGGUCACCUGUAUUUGUGCCUUUCAUAUGACUACAGCAUUUGACAUCCCACUGGAAGUUUUAGGUCACAUAAACAUUGAGCAGCUGCCCACCAUCACGGCUCAGUCGCCCAGCACUCUCAUCGCCUUCCCCUUUGAUGAAAGCUUCCCCAUGAUAUGUGAAGCCAAAGGGAAUCCCGAGCCAGAAUUCAGAUGGACAAAGAAUGGCCAGGAAUUUGACCCCUUUCUAGACCCCCGCCUGAUGAAAGAAGAGAAUUCUGGGACCUUUGUGAUACCCAAUAAUGGGAACCUUACAGAGUACCAGGGAACCUUUCGCUGUUACGCCUCAAACAAACUUGGGACCGCCAUAUCGAAGGAGAUUGAGUUCAUUGUGCCCAACGUUCCUAAAUUCCCUAAAGAGACGCUUGAUCCUGUUGUGGUAGAGGAAGGCCAGCCGUUUACUUUAAAAUGUGACCCGCCUAAAGGUAUACCUCCUCUGCAGAUCUACUGGAUGACUAUCAAUCUCCAGCACAUCGAGCAGGAUGAGAGGGUGUCCGUGGGCCUGAACGGAGACCUUUACUUCUCCCACGCAGUGGAGAAGGACAGCAGGAGAGACUAUUGCUGCUUCGCCGCCUUCCCCAGAAUACGAACUAUUGUUCAGAAGACCGCCAUGUCUGUCAUCGUCAAGACGAGGAAAAGUGACAGUUCUGAAAAUGCUAAUGCAAUUCUGGAGAGAAGACCCUCUCUUCUGACGCCCUCUGGUGUCAAAUCAGAGACACAGCUGGUCAAAGGAGAGGAACUGAACCUGGAGUGUAUUGCUGAAGGAUUUCCAACUCCACAGGUUGAGUGGGUGAAAAUGGGCCACCAACUUCCUGUUAAAGCGAAACUGGAGAAUCAUGGGAAAUUGCUGAUUGUACCGAGAGCUGAACAAGAAGACAGUGGGAAGUACAUGUGCAAAGCGAAGAACCCACUGGGAGAAGUUGUCCAUUACUUCACAGUGACGGUCGAAGAGCCUCCAGAGUGGGUGUUUGAGCCAGAGAGUCAGCUCAGUAUGAUCGGCUCAGACGUGCACAUCAAGUGCUCUGCCAGUGGGACUCCUCAGCCGACGACUACAUGGAGGGUGAACGGCGUACCUCUGCGGGAGACCCAGUCAGCAAACAGGAGGGCCAUUGGUGACACUGUAGUUAUACAUAACGCCCAAGCUUCUGACAGUGCUGUCUAUCAGUGUGAGGCCUCAAACAGACAUGGAACCAUUCUGUCCAACGCAAACAUCAUGAUUAUGAAUCUGCAGCCCAUGAUUUUAACGAGUGAUGGGGAGGAAUACUCCACUGUGGAGAGUAAAGGAGUGACGAUGCACUGCAAGGUCUUCAGCUCUCCUCCUUCUACAAUCACUUGGAGCAAAGACGACUCCCCUGAAUCUGUGCACGGACCCAGGUUUACCGUUCAUGAAAAUGGGUCACUGGAGAUCUACAAUGUAGGCAAGGACGACACAGGACAGUACACGUGUUUGGCCAAAAACACAGAGGGAUCAUCUGCUAUUGAUGCCAUACUUAAUGUAAAAGAUCCCACUCGAAUAGUGGUGGCCCCGGAGGACCAGCAGAUCCUAAUAGGUACCGCGGCCCAGCUCUCAUGCCUGGUAGAGUACGACAAGUCCUUCAGCGAUGACUUUGAGCUCCUGUGGGAAAAAGAUGAUAUGGAGAUAGCCCUCAACUACACUGAGAAUUCAAGAUACUUUGUCGAGAACGGCGUUUUUCACAUUAUCAAUGUGAGCCACAGUGACCAGGGUGUGUACACGUGUGUGGCAAAAACUCCAGUGGACCGAGACGUGGCCUCAACCCUGCUCAUGGUGUUAGAUGUCCCUGAUGCGCCAGAGAACUUGGUCCUGUCUGACCACAAGAGCAGAAGUGUGAAGCUGAAAUGGGUCCCCGGGGACGAUCACAACAGCUCAACCACAGAGUUUAUUAUUGAGUAUGAGGAAAGCCAGUGGGAGCCAGGCAACUGGAAGGAGCUGCUCCAAGUACCUGGGAACCACAACUCGGCCGUGCUCAAACUCCACGGCAAUGUCGACUAUCGCUUCCGAGUGUCUGCCGUGAACGCUGUGGGGACCGGCCGUCCUAGCGAGCCCACAGAGAGAUACAAAACUCCUCCGGCAGCCCCUGACAAGAGCCCUGAAAAUAUCAAAAUCGAAGGUCAUUUGCCGCAUGAAAUGGAUAUCAAAUGGGAGCCCCUGUUACCCAUAGAGCAUAAUGGUCCUGGCUUGGAGUAUAAGGUGAGUUACAGACGGCAGGAUGUGGAAGAGGACUGGAAGGAGCACACAGUGAAGAGACACUCUUUCGUGGUGAAGAACACCCCCACUUUUGUUCCCUACGAAAUAAAGAUCCAAGCCAAGAAUCAUCAAGGCUGGGGGCCUGAGCCCAAGAUAGUGACUGGCUAUUCAGGAGAAGACUUUCCCUCCGCUGCACCUGAUGAUGUAGCUGUGGAGGUGAUGAACAGCUCCGCGGUCAAGGUUAGCUGGACACGAGUACACAAGGACAAGUUACAUGGACAUCUGGGAGGCUACAGGAUAAGCUGGUGGCGUCUGCGCAGUCUGGUGGACUCAAAGAAAAGUCACGGAGACAAACACACGCUGACAUUCCCUGGGGAUAGGAACCACGCCACGGUACCGGGUCUGACGCCCUUCUCCUAGUACAGCCUGAUCGUCAUGACCUUCAACGGGCGGGGCAACGGCCCAGGCAGUCAUCCCGUCAACUUCAAAACCCCAGAGGGAGUCCCAGAGAAAAAUCCUAUUUUCAGGGUCACAGAUAUACAGAGGCACACUGUCUCUCUGGCCUGGGCCCCACCGUUGGAGCCUAAUGGGAUUCUCAUCGGCUACCUGCUUAAGUACCAGCUCAUCAAUGACACAGACGAAGUGGGACCACUGCAGACAAUAGACAUCAACAAUCCUGAUACCACCAAGUGGAUCUUGCGUGACUUGGAGCCCUUGAGUAAAUACAAGUUCUACCUGUGCUCCUGUACCACAGUGGGCUGUGGGCCCGACAUCAGCGAGGAGUCCACCACCACCCUGGAAACAACUUCCUCUCUGGCUCCCGCUGCUGGCCUCAGCAAGUCAGCUUCCCCCUCACCACCAAGCACUCCAAAGUCCCCUGUGACCAAACCCACUCGUUCCACCAUAGGUGAGGGUCACUGGAAGAUAUCAAAGGUCUUAAACAACUCUAAGACUUUCCACAUCAUUGAUGGCCUUGAACCUGAGACCGAGUACACUGUGCGCCUUAUUCCUAACAGCCGGGUUUAUAAUUCUAGUAUAUUUGAAGACAUUAUCACUACGGGGCCUACAGGUCUGGCCAGCAUCCACGGAGGGAUAUCUACCAAGGGCUGGUUUAUCGGCCUGAUGUGUGCCAUCGCUCUCCUCACGCUCAUUGUGUUGAUCGCCUGCUUUGUCAACAGAAAUAAAGGAGGGAAGUAUUCUGUAAAAGAAAAAGAAGACCUUCACCCAGAUGUGGAGUCUCAGGGCAUGAAUGACGACACAUUCUGUGAAUACAGUGACAACGACGAGAAGCCACUCAAGGGCAGCCAACACUCGCUGAGCAGGGAGAUCAAAGCGGUGGAAAGCGGGGACAGCCUGGUGGACUACGGCGACGAGGACGCUCAGUUCAAUGAAGACGGCUCCUUUAUCGGUGAGUACGCCGGGCGAAAGGAGAAGAGGGCGUCUGCUGAGAUCAAAGCCACCAUUCAGACCCCGGCAUGAGGAGAACAACGGCCAUCCAUCCUCCGCUGGACGCCGUUUCCACUAAAGCCGUUGGAACAAAUAAAACAGGAAACAGACAUUAUUCAUAUUGAGCACAAGUUCUGUGUCAAACGUAAUGUGUCAUUGCCAACUGCACACUGCCAUUCUCAUUUUAUAAAGCUCUGUUUUGUUAAGUUGCAAAAGAAUGACCAUUACUAAAUACAGUGUAUAUAUAGUGUAUAUUGUAUGUGUGAAGUGUCUUUUUUUAUGAUUAUUAUUACUCAAAAUUUUAGAGGGCUUUGUUUUUAUUUCCUUUACUUCAGCUGCAGUACUCUUUGUACUCCCCUCUCCACUGUGCAUUAUUAUAGGCAGCUUCACCUCUGGUGUCACCUUGCAGCAGGCCACAGAUAAGUUGGGAUAUUAAGUUGAUAUUUUUCAAUUGGAGCAUAUAUUACUGACCUUUUAUAUUUGAAAUGGAUUCAUUAAAUAUUAUGUAAGAUGUGUAUAAAGGUUUGCUUAUUAACUUAUUUUUUUUUCCAGUGGUUUUAUACCUGACAAAGUAAUAAGAAAAUUCACAUAUCAUUGCAUAUCAUAAAGACUGAUUUUUGGGUCCUGAAUCUCCUUGUGAUGUUAGGCUAUAUAAUUUAGCUGUGCCUUGUAUAUAAACAUUUAGAUCUGUUAGGUUUUCUAUAACAGCCAAAUGGUGCUUCAGCAGAUUUUGGGGAAAAAAAGUUUGAAAAAUGUAAUCCAUUACAGGCUGAUAUUAUUAAAUAAAUAUAUAGACAACCCAGUCUUGAUUAAAUUUGAUUUGACCACCAGUAUAUUGUUUUUUUUUUUUUGUUUUUUUUUUUUUACAAAUCAAUAAAUAAGCAGAUCAAUACAACUUAAUGUCUGUAUUUUAAAUAUAAAACUAAGACUGGGGGAAGAGCUAGCCUUAGUUUAGCUAAGCUAACCAGCGAACUGGCUUCUAGCUUGAACAUAUUUAGUGUACAGACCAAACAGUAAUAACCAGGAGCAUGAAGCCAACAUGGAAGUGUCAAAAACAGGUCCUCAGUUCCUUUAGUGGGGAAGUGAGGCUCGCUCCAAAAGAGAGUCAAUCCCCAUAGACUCCUAUGUUAAAAUCCGUGGCUAAACAGCCUUAAAAAAAAGCAUGUUUACAGCCCGGUAAGAAUAGUUUCCCUCUUCAUAACUGUACAGUGGGUGAAUUUUAUAUUUUCAUAAGUUACAUUUGGAUACUGGCAAAGCUUAAAGUUGAGAUGGCUGUUUCGACUGACAGGUGUUUGACACAUGCGACUCUAUCUGACACCUGUCUGCUAGGCCACCUAUCACUGAACUCCAUUUUAAUGGAACUGGGGUUUAAUUUAAUGGAAUCUGACAAGUGGUACAUUCUGCUCUGUGGUACAGACCAAAGCCACUGAGUAAAUAAUGGCUGUGGUACAGACCAAGGAUCGGGCAUCUGUGUUUAUGUACAGUUUAUGAAUGCAACUUUCUAACCAAACUUGCUGCUGUUAGCUGACAACUUAGCGCUGCACUCUCUAUCCAAAUUUGGUGAUUUCUGGCUCCAAGUAAUCAACAUGACAACACUAAAACUGCAACCCUGAAGCAUCUAAAUGUUAUGCUCAAAACCAAUGGGCGAUGGCCUUAACCGGGAAGUGUCUUGAGAUUGCAAUCUCAACUAUCAAGUCAAGAAAGUGCAACAUAAUGCAAACAAAAGCUUAGGAAUAGCAAUAGGGUAUAUGGUACAGAUAUGAAGGAUGUAUUGAUCUUUUCAUUUACAGAGGGACAGUAUGCAUUUUUUUUCUCCAAAAUAUUUAACUAUUUUAAAUUGCUACUUUAGCAAAUUAGUUCUAAAAAUUUAAAUAUGUUUUUGGAGAUGUCCUUUAAAAAAUACCAACAAAAGCCAAGAUAUUUUGAGCUUUGUGGGACUCUAGCUCCGAUAGCACAGAUUCCUACAUUUCCCACAAUACAACUUUUCAGAAAUGGAACAUACUGUUUCCUAAUUUUGUAGUCUCCAAAUCCAAGUUGUGGUAUCACUAUGUCACCGUCAGGGUUAUUUUCUCAGACAUGACAAAGCAGAGGCUGAGUACCUGUAAUGGAUUACAAACGUCUUUUUUUUUUUUGUAAUCAAAUUACUUGAUCUGGAUUCAUGAUAUUUGCCAUCCACCUACACUGCUGAUUCAGUGUGCUGUAGUGAAGUGUUAGAUUGGUUUUGAUUAAGCCUUAUUUUCAGUAUGCUGCCAGUCCAAAACAAAACCUGUUAUAUUGUUCAGCAUUAACAUUAGCAACAUGAUCCGGAAAACUGCAGUGUUUUGUAAAGGUUUUUCAUUGCAUUGCAUGUUAUAAAUGUUAAUUGGUGUUUUUCAAUGUCAUUAAAUUGCUUUACUUUCCUACA